CUCACCUCGAAAAUCAAAAUUAGGGUUACAGAUUCCGAAUCAAGCAUCCAUGGAAGGGAUAACAGAGGGAGUGAACAACAUGAACUUAGCCGGUGAUUCCCAGAAGAAAAACCGGAUUCAGGUUUCCAACACGAAGAAACCACUGUUCUUCUACGUCAAUCUCGCCAAGAGGUAUAUGCAAGAGCACAAUGAUGUUGAAUUGUCUGCCCUUGGAAUGGCCAUUUCAACCGUUGUUACGAUUGCUGAAAUACUGAAGAACAGUGGUUUUGCUGUUGAGAAGAAGAUCAUGACUUCAACUGUGGAUAUUAAGGAUGGCGCAAGGGGACGUCCUGUGCAGAAACCUAAGAUUGAAAUUACGCUUGGGAAGUCAGAGAAGUUUGAUGAGCUGAUGGCUGCAGCCAAUGAAGAAAAAGAAGCAGCAGAAGCUCAGGUGCAGAGCUGAACAUAGCGUUCUUAUCUCUUUUGGUUUCAUGGGACUUUCUUCUCUCGCUUGAUGCUUUAUAUUAUUUGCUUAAUUUCAUUGAUUAUUGGCCGACUUUGAGUUGUUAUGUUUGGAUGGUUUGUUGUACCUGUUUAAACACUUUUCACUACUAUAUGAUAAUUAAGUCCAAAGAUCAUA